AUGCCAUAUGGGUACCAACCGCCCAAGUUUCAGCAAUUCGAGGGGAAGGGCAAUCCAAAACAAAAUAUUGCUCAUUUUGUUGAGAAUUGCAACAAUGCUGGAACGAAGGGAGUUCAUCUUGUUAAGCAAUUUGUAUGUUCAUUAAAUGGCAAUGCCUUCGAAUGGUACACUGAUCUGGAACUGGAGUCAAUCGACAGUUGGGAUCAGAUGGAGCGUGAGUUCUUGAAUCGUUUCUAUAGCACGAGACGCACAGUGAGCAUGAUGGAACUUACUAGCGCCAAGCAAUGGAAGGACGAACGCGCAGUUGAUUACAUCAAUAGGUGGCGUUCGUUGAGUCUCGAUUGCAAAGAUCGACAGUCAGAAGUAUCUGUAGUGGAAAUGUGCAUCCAAGGUAUGCACUUUGAUUUGCUAUACAUCCUACAGGGAAUCAAGCCCCAUAUGUUUGAAGAGCUGGCUAUGCGAGCACAUGACAUGGAGUUGAGUAUAGCUAGCCACAAAGGGAAGAAGAAGAAAAUUGUUGACCAAAGGAAAGACAAGGGCUUCGGAAGCAAGGCACUGAAGAAAUCUACAAAAGAAUCGAUGGCCGUCAACAUUGCCCCAGUCAAAAUCUCUACACGAGAUAAGGAGGUUAAGAAAGCAGAGCCAAUUUGGACCUACGAUAGAACAAAGCGUUCGUUGAAGGAAUGGCAACAAAAGACAUAUCCCUUUCCAGAUUCUGACGUGGCAGGCAUGUUGGAAGAUUUACUUGAGAAGAAGGUGAUAAAGUUACCAGAAUGCAAGUGGCUUGAGGAAAUGCAUCGUGUCAAGGAGCCGAAAUACUGCAAGUACCACCGGAUCAUCAGUCACCCAGUGGAGAAAUGCUUCAUUCUGAAAGAUUUAAUAAUGAAUCUCGCCAAGCAAGGAAGGAUUGAGUUGGAUGUCGACGAUGUUGCUGAGGUAAACUUUCACUACCAUCGUGUUUGGGUCAUUUGA